ACUGCUGGUAUGGGUCUGGGAGAUACAUAGAAGGAAGGCUGAGUCUGUCAGACUCCUAAGCCAUUGCCAUAACUGCCAAGGACAGGGGUGCUGUCAUCACCCAGACCUCACCCUGCAGAGCCACACCCUGGUGUUGGCCAAUCUACACACGGGGUAGGGAUUACAUAGUUCAGGACUUGGGCAUAAAAGGCAGAGCAGGGCAGCUGCUGCUUACACUUGCUUUUGACACAACUGUGUUUACUUGCAAUCCCCCAAAACAGACAGAAUGGUGCAUCUGUCCAGUGAGGAGAAGUCUGCGGUCACUGCCCUGUGGGGCAAGGUGAAUGUGGAAGAAGUUGGUGGUGAGGCCCUGGGCAGGCUGCUGGUUGUCUACCCAUGGACCCAGAGGUUCUUCGAGUCCUUUGGGGACCUGUCCUCUGCAAAUGCUGUUAUGAACAAUCCUAAGGUGAAGGCUCAUGGCAAGAAGGUGCUGGCUGCCUUCAGUGAGGGUCUGAGUCACCUGGACAACCUCAAAGGCACCUUUGCUAAGCUGAGUGAACUGCACUGUGACAAGCUGCACGUGGAUCCUGAGAACUUCAGGCUCCUGGGCAACGUGCUGGUUAUUGUGCUGUCUCAUCAUUUUGGCAAAGAAUUCACUCCUCAGGUGCAGGCUGCCUAUCAGAAGGUGGUGGCUGGUGUGGCCAAUGCCCUGGCUCACAAAUACCACUGAGAUCUUUUUCCCUCUGCCAAAAAUUAUGGGGACAUCAUGAAGCCCCUUGAGCAUCUGACUUCUGGCUAAUAAAGGAAAUUUAUUUUCAUUGCAA